CUCCUUCUCUUCCUUCUCACCCACCUUUCUUUUUCUUUUUUCUUUUUUUUAUCUCUCCAUCAGCUGCCCUCAGAUUACUGGGACUUGAGGAGGUCUAUCAGAAACAUGUGUGGAGGUUUGGAGGCGGCCCGAUGGGAAGCCCUUCGUCAAGCUGCUCGCCCUCGACUCUCCCAAAGAGCUGGAGCCAGUGGGGGAGAAAAACUCUCAAAAACAACCUGCAMGCUUGCAGUGGUGGUGCAAAGUGCUGAUGGAGGAGUUCAGGUAGAGGCAGAAGGCAGAGCUGACUGGUGGUGGGGUGUUGGAGGAGGGCAGUCUGACAGACGGACAGCCCGUCUCUGCUCGGCUGCUGCUCCACAUCCACACACAGCUAAUCUGAUCGGGGGUGAACCUGCGACGCAAGCCGCCCGCUGCUGCUGCCGCCGCCGCCGGGUCCCAGGCAGCAAAACCGCCUGUCUCCGGGAGUUCAGUCCGCUAACUCGUGGAAGUCAUACCUCAUUACAGAAACAACGAACUGUUGUACUUUUUUUGUGCAACUUUGAACUAUAAUGCAGAGCACUCAGUGCAACCAGUUCAAAUCCAAUAUGUCUAUUUUGCCGUUCACUCCUCCGAUUGUUAAGAGGCUUCUCGGCUGGAAGAAAGGAGAGCAGAACGGACUGGAGGAGAAAUGGUGCGAAAAGGCUGUCAAAAGUCUGGUGAAGAAGCUGAAGAGGACGGGACAGUUAGACGAGUUGGAAAAAGCCAUCACAACACAGAAUGUCAGCACCAAAUGCUUAACCAUACCCAGGUCUUUGGAUGGACGUCUGCAGGUCUCUCACAAAAAAGGUCUUCCUCAUGUGAUUUACUGUCGCCUGUGGCGCUGGCCAGACCUGCAGUCCCAUCAUGAGCUGAGGGCCGUUGACCACUGUGAAUUUGCCUUCCACACCAAGAAGGAUGAAGUGUGUGUCAACCCCUACCAUUACCAGAGGGUGGAGACUCCAGUUUUACCUCCUGUCCUCGUGCCACGCCACACAGAUAUUCCUGCUGAGUUUCCACCGCUGGAUGACUACAGAUCUUCUAUCCCUGAAAAUACCAAUUUCCCCUCUGGCAUUGAGCCUCAUGGCAACUACAAUGCUGAAACUCCCACACCGGGAUAUCUGAGUGAGGAUGGUGAGACCAGUGAUCAUCAACUCAGUCACAACAUGGACACAAGUUCACCCAGCCUGUCGCCCAAUCCUGUGUCCCCCACAAACGGAAACCUUGACUUACAACCAGUGACGUACUGCGAAUCUGCCUUCUGGUGCUCCAUCUCCUACUAUGAACUGAACCAGCGUGUUGGAGAGACCUUCCAUGCCUCCCAGCCCUCCCUCACAGUAGAUGGGUUCACUGAUCCCUCCAACUCGGAACGCUUUUGUCUGGGCUUGCUGUCCAACGUCAACCGCAACUCCGCAGUGGAGCUCACACGCAGACACAUAGGACGAGGUGUGAGGUUAUACUACAUUGGGGGAGAAGUGUUUGCAGAGUGUCUUAGUGACAGCGCCAUCUUUGUUCAAAGUCCAAACUGUAACCAGCRCUACAGGUGGCAUCCUGCCACCGUCUGCAAAAUACCUCCAGGCUGCAACCUAAAGAUUUUCAACAACCAGGAGUUUGCAUCCCUCCUCGCUCAGUCGGUUAACCAGGGCUUUGAGGCUGUUUACCAGCUCACCAGGAUGUGCACCAUUCGCAUGAGUUUUGUGAAGGGUUGGGGAGCAGAGUACAGACGCCAGACGGUGACCAGCACCCCCUGCUGGAUAGAGCUCCAUCUGAACGGUCCUUUGCAGUGGCUGGACAAGGUUCUCACACAAAUGGGCUCUCCCAGCAUCCACUGCUCCAGUGUGUCCUAGGAACAGCAGCCACAAACACACUGAGCGCAAACCACAUAAGAAAAAGUCAAACUUUUGUCAGGGAUGAUACGAAUUUCAGCCAUUCAAACAAGCUCUCUCCCACCUUUGGUCGUUACGUUAGGAACCAUUCAGAGCCAGAUUCAGAAGAUGAAGCUAAUUUUCCUCAUUGUUCAUGUGAACAUGUUAGCCUGUAGCUUUAUUCCAUAAUGAUUUAAAUGUUUUCCCCUCGUGUUUGCUAUAAAGUAGCUGUAGGUUGCUUGUCUUCUACAUUUUUUUUAAUUCUAUGAAUUAACCAAACCUAAAAGAAAUACUUCCAUCGUGGUCCUAUUUGUGGUUCUUGAACCAGUUCUUGUACUCAUUAAAUGUUAGAGCUUAUUUAUCAGUAAUACGUGGAGAAUAAAUCUGUAAUGGUUGAGUAUAUUUAUUAAGUACAAAGUACUUUCUCUAYAUUCUUUUUCUUGCGUAAAUUAAAGCGUCAAGUCCUUGGUCACUAAAUUAUCAACAUCAAAAGGAAAAAAAAGCACCAUUUUAGGGAAGAAAGAGAACACAUAAGACUAUUUUCUUUAAUGAAAAAGACAUUUUAUAAGUUAUUUUUGCAUAUUGUUCUGCACGGAAAUAUAUUUUUUUAUCAUUGCCUCGAUACGAUAAAAAUAUCUUGCUCAGAAAAAUAAAUUUACUGACGUCUGGCGUAGGCCUGACUUUCAUUAAGUUUGCUUUAAUGACUUAAAUCUUGUAAAUGAGUUCUCUACACCUUGUUCUACAAAGUGAAACAGGAUUAUUUUCAGCUAUUAUGUCCUAACAGAAGCAUUAGACACAGUGUUGUUCCUCUGAGGGGUCUGACUGAAUUUUGACCUGAUAUGACUUAAAAUGGUUUUAAUAAAGGCUGUUUAUCUCUAAAGUAUAUAAAGACAAAGGUCCUUCUACUAAGAGUUGACAUGUUGCACGCUAUGCUCCGUGAUGCACUUCCUGUUUAAAGUGGCUCUAGUUGUUGAGGUAAUUUGCUUGUCCCUAAAUUCUGUAAAACAUGAACGUUGUUACAACAAAUGGAUGCUCUUUGUUCUUGGUCACUGCUUCAUCUGCAUUUAGUCACCAUGUAAACUGCAACGUGGAGCUUUUCUAAAACAGUGCACUACAGUACAUUAUGUAAUGAAAUCUGUAUCAGUUWGUUUUCUGUUCCAAGUCUUGUUUUUUUUUCUUUUAAUGGCAAUUGUUUUUAAAUGUAAAAUUUUAAUAAAAUGCAACAGAAAAGUA